AGCAAUCCGAACAUUGGCCUACUCCACGCGGCAGCACUCGCUGGUGCAACGGCCUUUCCUGGUGGUCACGGACGGCCCGCUGCCCAGCGACGUGGGUGAGCCGCUGCGCGCGGACGGCAUCACGGUGGUGGAGGUCCGGCCGCAGGACGUCGCCUUCCCGCUGUUCGGCGCCUACGGCGCGGGGGCUGGCGCGGCAGUCGAGGAGGACGCAGCCACCAACCAGCUGAAGAAUUGGUGGAUCGAGCGCGGCAUCCCUCCGACGGCAGUGAAGCUGACCAUCUGGAACAUGACGGACUACGACUGCCUCGUCUUCCUGGACGCGGACAUGCUCCUGCUGGACUCCGUCGACGAGCUGUUCGCGCUGGACACGUUCGCGGUCGGCCUCAACCCGUA